AUUCUCUUUUUUUCUCCCUUUUCCUCAAACAAAGUAAAGAAAGUCAUUAACCAUUAUGGUUUCUCGUACCAACGUCAUUUUUCUCUCUCUUUAUUUUAAAUAGCCGCACUUCGAGACAGACAAUGGGAUACAACAUCUAUCACUAGUUCCAAAGUAAGUUUUUUCAAGGUCAUUAUAGAAGAUUAGUUGAGGGAGAGAAGGAAGAGCAACUCAUUCACUGAGUUGUUCAUCAAGAACACCGUCUUCCUCGUAUAUUCUCAUGCUUUCUUUGAACUUUGGACUCUCAGUCGUAUCGUAGCUUCUUCUUCUUGUCAUCCAAGUUCCAUCACUUUCAUUACUACCUUAUUAUUUUGGUGGGUCUAUAUUAAGCAAGCACACUUGCACGUUAUGGAGGAGAGACCAGAAACAGAACUGAUAUCUAUACCGGCGACACCGAGGGUGUCAACGCCGGAGAUACUGACACCGUCGGGGCAGAGGUCACCAAGAGCGGCUUCAAAGGAAGGAAAAUCAUGGACCCCAACCUCGUUCAUAUCACCAAGGUUUCUGAGUCCAAUAGGUACACCAAUGAAGAGAGUGCUGGUAAACAUGAAGGGUUACUUGGAGGAGGUGGGACACCUUACCAAGCUCAACCCUCAAGAUGCUUGGCUUCCAAUCACAGAGUCUCGCAAUGGAAAUGCUCACUAUGCAGCAUUCCACAACCUCAACGCUGGUGUUGGAUUCCAGGCCCUCGUUUUGCCCGUUGCUUUUGCUUAUCUUGGCUGGAGUUGGGGAAUUCUUUCCUUAACCAUAGCCUAUUGUUGGCAACUUUACACGUUAUGGAUUUUGGUUCAGCUUCACGAAGCAGUUCCAGGUAAAAGAUACAACAGAUAUGUGGAGCUAGCACAAGCAGCAUUUGGGGAAAGACUAGGAGUCUGGCUUGCUCUGUUCCCGACAGUUUAUUUGUCAGCAGGAACUGCAACAGCUUUGAUUCUUAUCGGAGGGGAGACGAUGAAACUGUUCUUCCAAAUAGUUUGCGGACCAACUUGUACCUCAAAUCCUUUAACCACAGUGGAGUGGUACUUGGUUUUCACUUCUCUAUCAAUUGUCCUGUCUCAGCUUCCAAACCUGAAUUCAAUUGCAGGACUUUCACUCAUAGGGGCAGUCACAGCUAUAACUUACUCCACCAUGGUCUGGAUCCUCUCUGUAAGCCAACAAAGGCCUCCUUCAAUCUCCUACGAACCCCUAUCAUUGUCACAACCUUCUGCUUCUGUUUUUCUUGCCAUGAAUGCACUUGGAAUUAUAGCCUUUUCUUUCAGAGGCCACAAUUUGGCCCUGGAAAUUCAGUCCACAAUGCCUUCAACUUUUAAGCACCCGGCUCGUGUGCCAAUGUGGAAAGGAGCCAAGGUUGCUUAUUUCUUCAUUGCAAUGUGCCUCUUCCCAAUUGCUAUUGGUGGCUUUUGGGCCUAUGGAAACCAAAUGCCUCCUGGAGGGAUUCUGACUGCUUUGUAUGCAUUUCACAGUCAUGACAUCUCAAGAGGAAUCCUUGCCUUGACUUUCCUUCUUGUUGUGUUUAACUGCUUGAGCAGUUUCCAGAUAUACUCAAUGCCUGCUUUUGAUAGUUUUGAAGCUGGUUACACGAGUAGGACAAACCGUCCCUGCUCCAUAUGGGUGAGAUCAGGUUUUAGAGUGUUCUUUGGAUUUGUCUCCUUCUUCAUAGGAGUGGCGCUUCCCUUCCUCUCAAGUCUUGCUGGUUUGUUAGGAGGACUCACUCUCCCAGUCACUUUUGCAUAUCCUUGCUUCAUGUGGGUUCUCAUCAAACAGCCUCCAAAAUAUAGCUUCAAUUGGUACUUCAACUGGAUUCUGGGCUGGCUGGGGGUUUGUUUUAGCUUGGCGUUUUCCAUUGGAGGUAUUUGGAGCAUGGUGAAUGAUGGACUCAAACUAAAAUUCUUUAAACCCAGUUGAUUUUUCACUCAUAAGUCAAGCAAAUUACAUAAAUGCUGUUCUUCAGUCGUUUCCCGAUAGUCUAAUAUUUAGUACACUGUGGAAGAUUUUGGUUGUAUUUGUGAAAAAUAGUGGUAAGUGGAAAGCCAUUAACCAAGAGAAUGAUCCUUGUAUGUGCAAGUUUAUAGAAUAUUUCAUAUCUCCCUCUUGAUGUGUUUCUGUCAUAGCUUAUUUAUAUUGAGAAAUAUUUAAUGGUUUGCUCUUA